AUGAGGGGAAAUGUUUUCAGUAACCCCUGAGAACACGCAGAUUUUUCGGUGGUUCUUAGGAGACACAAAUCUGGGAGUUUUAUCAAGUGAAUUUCUGGCUUCCGAAUAGUGAGCGGAAAAUAAAAGGCGCACCCAGCCCAGUUUCCGGAGGACAGCGAUUUCGAAGAACAACCAGGAAGUGGCUGGGCUGGGAGCUGUCCCCGGUUCCCUGCCGUGCUGUGGACAGUUUUUCCAGGGGUCCUUGCGCCGCGGCUUUCGUGACUCCUGCCCUCAGCUAGGCUCCGGCCCUGGCCGGCCGCUCCCGAGCUGUCAUGUCUUCCGACUUCGAAGGCUAUGAGCAGGACUUCGCGGUGCUCACUGCUGAGAUCACUAGCAAGAUUUCCAGGGUCCCCCGACUUCCGCCAGAUGAGAAAAAACAAAUGGUUGCCAAUGUGGAGAAACAGCUUGAAGAGGCAAAGGAAUUGCUUGAGCAGAUGGAUUUGGAAGUCAGAGAAAUACCACCCCAGAGUCGAGGAAUGUACAGUAACAGAAUGAGAAGCUACAAGCAAGAGAUGGGAAAACUGGAAACAGAUUUUAAAAGGUCACGGAUUGCCUACAGUGACGAAGUACGGAAUGAGCUCCUGGGGGAUGAUGGGAAUUCCUCCGAGAACCAGUUGAUAAAAUUACGUGAAGAGAGGGCACAUCUGUUGGAUAACACAGAGCGGCUGGAAAGGUCAUCUCGGAGACUAGAGGCUGGAUACCAAAUAGCAGUGGAAACCGAACAAAUUGGCCAAGAGAUGUUGGAAAACCUUAGUCAUGACAGAGAGAAGAUACAGCGAGCACGUGAACGGCUUCGGGAAGCUGAUGCAAAUUUAGGGAAAAGCUCGAGGAUUCUGACAGGGAUGCUGCGAAGGUAAGAGCCAGAAUCAUCCAGAACCGCAUCCUGCUCGUCAUCCUGGGCAUCAUCUUGGUCAUCACCAUCCUGACUGCCAUCAGUUUCUUUGUCAGAAGACACUGAUGUAUCUGCUCUCCCUUGAUAAACAGCCACCGUGGCUUGUUCUGAGUAAUUAAGACAAAAUGGUCACAUGAAUCAUUCUUUUGCACUGACAGGCCCCCAGUGACCUUGUGUCUCCCCCUCACCACUGUUCAGCUGGAGUGCAGAGUGUAAAAAUAUUUUCUAUUACUGUUUGCAUGUGGGUUGGUUUCCCUUUUUAGGUUGGUCUUCACCCAGAUUUGUUUUUUGUAGGUAAACGUGAAUGCUUACUUGCCUUUUGGUCAUUUCAUCUACCCCAUCCAAAAUAGCUUUGAUGACAUUCUUCCUUGUCCCGUGGAGAGGUCUGGGGUUAUGGUUUGGGAGGCCACCUGACGACUCAGACAGAGGAGCAUCUAUUUGUCACGUACCUCUCUUCACCAAAAAAAGUCCUGCGAUGUUCAUGGAUAAAAAUGGAAGGAAAAAUGAGAGGCCAGAGCCUGUGACCAGCUCCAACAGACCAGACCUGUCCCUUCCCAGGAAUAAUGAAUAUAGUCACCCUGCCCAAGUGCUUUUAUUGCAAAGGAGGGUAUUUAAUGUCACUUGUACAGGAAAUUGACUUAGCACUUUCCCUGUUUUUCUAUUGCAUAAUUUUUUAACCCGAGAAUAUUUUUGCUGAAGCUGCCCAAUAUCUACUUUUCACAGUUUGGUUUCUGGCUACAAGAAAUAUUUUCUUGCCUUCCCCAAAUGCCAUACUCCCCAGAAUUUGCUGGCAACAUGAGGAUUGGCACAGUAUUUCAUUGUGACCUCAUCUUCCCUGACCUGUGUAAGCUCUUCUGUAUCCCUUCGGUUUUAAUAUUUGCUCUGCCAACAGCAGCCCUUAUACAUGCAAAAGGCCUGACAAGGUUCUCCCCACAUCCACUCCAGUAUGUAAAGAGAACAUGAAUAUUUCAGUAAGAGUAAGAGAUGCCUCCGUUGCUGUGAAAUUUCCGAUGUGAUAAUAAAAAUGAGAGUUCUACAGGACUAUCCAAUAGAAAUAAA